UAGAAUAAUUCAGGACUCACAUGCAUGAAAAAUUCUAAGAUGCAGACUUUCUCAGUAUUUCUAAGAAAACUGUUCCAAUUCGUAUGAAAAUGCUGAGAAAAAUUUUCACCAUGGCAAGGACUAAUUUAUUGAAAUAUCACAUCGUGCGGACAGUUCCUGUCAAAAUUGACUUGGCCAACAAUCGAAGUCGACAUUCAACGAGAAAUUUCCUUGUUCCAUAUUCCUUGGAAAAUCGAGCGCAAGUUAUCGGAGAUUAAUAUCCCUUACGGCCCUACGCUAUCGGGGCGAAACGACGACAAACAAUAGACACAGCAAAUUAAGCCAAACGAUUAACAAUAGAGUAAACAGCGAGGGGGGGAAUCGAUGAAAAUUGACGAAUAUAGCCGCGCCGCGUCCGCAAGCGCGUGCGGCACACGGUCAUGGCCUCCCGGACGCACGUGCAGCGCGUCAGAUUACUGUACAAGACGAUUUUGAGGUUACAUCGCGGCCUGCCGGCCGAAGUGCGGCCUCUAGGCGACGGUUACGUCCGCGACGAGUUCCGACGGCACAAGGAAUGCGUGGAGAGCGAGGCGAUUGUCUUCCUCCACGAAUGGACCAAGUACGCGGUGUCCCUCGCCGAGCAGCUCGGGUUGAAGGGCCCUCACACGGGACAGCCGCUCGGGCGACCUUUGCCAGAGGAGGAUCUGGAGAAGCUUCGGGACGAGCAAGUGUGUCAGUUGUACGAGCUGAUGAUCGCGGCGACGGGGAAGCAGGACGGCGCGAAGGAGAAGACGUAGCUGUUUGCCACGUAUCCGAUCUCGGAAACUUCUAGUGCACUCGGAUCUAUGCCGCUGUGAAAUAGAAAUAAAUAAUUUCCUGUAUGAUCAGGUCGAUUAUGACCGAGUUGAUCGACGGUGUCGUUUUGUCUGACGUCUGACGGUCGUGUUAUGUAAUAAUAACAAAAACUUUGAGUGCAAGAGACAAUCAGAAGUGUAUAGUGCAUGUAUGAUAAUAAAUAAAUAAAUAAUAAAUUAGGAAAUGCGAAUGGAAAGUGAAGCUGCCGUCAAUGUAUUAGUUUCAUCAAAUCUUGUAAAUAUAAGAAUAACAGUGGUUAAUACAA